CUUGCUCCUCAUCUCCCAGUAAGCCCUUAUUCAUUUCUGUGUAUGGGCAGGAGGGUGAACAUGGACUCGUUGGGUCUUUUUGUCCUGCUAAUUUCUACGUUUCUCCACUGGACAGCUGCUUCUUCUGCUGAUAAAAUCAGCUGGAGCUAUUCUGGUUUUGUUGGUCAGUCUGAGUGGUCAGAGUAUUUCCCCGACUGUGGUGGUACUUCCCAGUCACCUGUGGAUGUGAUAACCACUCAGACUAAAUAUGACCCCAGUCUGGUGCCUGUGAUGCCGCUAGGCUACAGUCAGCACGGCAACCAGCCCUUUUCGAUGCACAAUAACGGACACACAGUGAUUGUUGAGCUGCCAGAGUGGAUGGGACUUGGGGGGCUACCGUGGUUCUUUACAGCCGUUCAGCUGCACCUUCACUGGGGCAAUGGAGGCCCAGGUGUAGGGGGCAGUGAACACACCAUCAAUGGGAGAAGUUCAGACGCAGAACUCCAUGUGGUCCACUACAACGCUGAACUUUACCCCAACAUGUCCGCAGCAAUGACGCAGAGAGAUGGCCUGGCUGUUUUAGGAAUUCUCAUUGAGACAGGUGAAGAGACGAAUCCAGGAUUUAAUAACAUCCUCAACUACAUGAGCCGAAUCAGACAUGCCGACCAGAGAACGUUCAUCCCAGCCUUUGACGUCCAGUCUUUACUCCCCAAAGAUCUAGGACGCUACUAUCGAUACAACGGCUCCCUGACCACCCCGCCCUGCUACCAGAGUGUCAUCUGGACCCUGUUUCAUGAAAGGGUUCAGAUCUCAAAAGCACAGCUCCUGAAGAUGGAGAUGAUGCUUUAUUCCAGUAAAGUCCAGGAAGUUGACAGGAUGCUGCUGCAGGACAACUACAGGAUAACACAGCCGCUCAACCACAGGAUCAUCUUUGCCUCCUUUUCUGCAGAAUCAGGGAGGGAGCUCUCAUCUGGUGAGGUCACAGCCAUCGUGAUAGGAGUGAUGUGUGGCUGCGUGGGUGUGGCGGUGAUCAUUCGCUUCAUCGUGAAGACAAUACGAUUUUUUAAACUCCUUCAUCUUGAAACGGUCGUGGUAAACAGCUCUACUUCUAGCUGGGACGUCCUGCACAAUAACCGGCCUGCUCCAAUGCCAAGAACAAAGGAGACAGAGAAAUCACAGGAGAUAAAAACAGACUUGGCUCUAACGUUAACCUCAAAAGCUGAAAGGAAAGAAGAGUUGUCACCCUCGCCUCAGACCGAGCCGUAGCUUUAUAUCUCUCAUCAAGAUGUUCUGUCUUUUUUUCUCAUCAGAGGUGAUUUUAUGGAUCAGUCUCCUAGGGAAAAGCAACAAUAUUUUCCCUGAAUCGAUCACAAAAAAGAGAGAGAGAAAGGAAUAAAACAUUCUUUCUUGAUUUUGUGAUAAAGGUCUUUUCCACUUAAAUUUGGCCGAGUUUUUAGUCAUGUUAUGAGACUAUAUUCUACCCAAAACCAAGUAAAGCAACUGAUGCUGGUUUAAUAUUCAGGUGUGUUUCAUACAUGUGUAUACUUGAGAUGAGGAAUGCACAUGAAAUAUGUUUUUUCUUUUUCUUAGUCUUAAUGUAAUUUCUGUCACAAUAUUUCAAGCACUCUGCACUAAUACUGUGUAAGCUUUUUACAGCUAAACUCUUCUAAGGAAAUGUAAAAAAAUAAAUGAUAAAACAGACUGAUGUAAAAACAUGACAGGCGACAUGUAUAUACAGAUGCUGUACAAACAUUUCAGAUCGGAUUUUAAUUCUGCACAUUUUGUUGUAAAUGGAAGUUAUAUUUAUGUACAUGCCUUUACUCUGUAGAAGAGAGAAAUAUAAAAGCUGCAUGUCAUCUGCACAUAGCUGUUUAUUGUUGUUGUGUCUAACUUGUCUGCCUGAGCACUGCAUUAAAACACUUGAAUGCUGUAUGUGUUUUGAAUUCUUCCCUGUAAAUAUCAGAACUAUGAGACGGAGGAGUUUGGAGAAAAAUUUAGGUACAUAGGAAUGAUGGUGGAAGGAGAUGGAACUGCCAGGAAGAAGAGGAAGAUCUCAGAGAUGAUUUAUGGAUAAAUUUAUGAGUUUUCCAAUACUAAGGUAAACAGAAGGUAAUGGGACUUAUCUUUAUUGAAGAUACUUUGCCUUGGCUUUGUUGAGACGUUUACUCCAGACACGCACCAUACAUGCACGCACACUCAACUACGGACACAAAGAUUCUGCACAAAAGCCUUUUGUUUCAUACGGACACUUUCUGUAGAAACGAAACUUAACUUUAGCUCUUCGUCUGACCACUAGGCAGUGACGUAACACACCAGGAGGCGGACUUUGGAUAUAAGCAAGGUGUCUUCCGUGUUUGAGCAGAUGCUGUAUAGAUUCGGGCCUUUACACUUGACAUCCACAUAAGCCUGUAAGGCUUGAAUUUCUGCCCCGUGUGGUCAGAGGUGUGUGGUGCACAGGCCCCUCCUGCUUCACACUGGAAGUGAAAUGUGGAAGCGAAACUGAAUGACAGAGGGACGUCCAACAUCUGCAGAUUUAGAUUUAUUUUGACCUGAGGGAAUUUUUCUGAGGCCAGAACCAGGAAUGGCGGUCUACACAUUGUAUCUCUGUAUUGCUGCCAGUCUCCUUUUUACUCAGCCAACAUCUGCCAAAAACGAUGCUCCCUGUCUGCCCGGAAAGUGGAACAAUGCCGCUCAAACCUUCAUCAUGCGCCAUCUUCCCAAAGGGACUCCGACUUCUCUGGACCAGAAUCAGUGGGAGAAAUUCAUCAAGUCUCUGGGAGGCUGUGACAGACCCACGCAGUCGUUCCUCCAUCCAGAUGAGCUGGAGAAGGUGAAAUCUGUGUGCUCCAGCAGAGGAGGGAAGGUGCUGAAAGAUAACCUGUGCAUCAGUAAGCAGCCAUUUAGUUUUGUGACGGUGAGGAGCAUCCAGGGAACCUGUGGGAUCAAGAGCAUCACGCAGGAAAACAAACAUCUGAUCCUCGCCUGCGAGGUGUUGGAGAAUCAGUGUGUCCCGGUCCACUUUGAGGGAAACGCCAAGGAUCAAAAGCCCAGUAACAACGCCGGAGACUGCCAGGACCCUCAGACCAGAGGCCAGGCUCCCGCCUUCAAAGUGACACCCCUCUGGUUGUUUGCUUUUAUGCUUAUUUUCUAUGCAUUCUGACUUUUUCGAAGGACAUUUUGAUGAACUAGAUAAGACUGAGAUUUUUAUCAGAGGAUAAUUUUACUUUCAGUUGUGGUUUUUGAUUUUAAAACAUCAUAAUCGCAUAAGCCAAAUAUAUUUCUUUAAAUUUUACCAAGAGCAUCCUCAGGUAUUUGCAUGUGUUUUCAGUCCAGUUUUGAGCUUGUUUUUCUAUAAUCAUUUAUUGCCAUAAUAUUCAAGUUAUAUCAGCCAUUUCAGUAAUAAAAAGCAAAUUUUAGUUUUGCAGGCCCAAAACUACAAUUUUGGUCCUGCAAAACUUUUAUUUUUUUGCAGGCCCAAAAUUUUUUGUUUCUUUUAAGCAAAAGAAGCAAGAAAUUUCAGGGUACAAAACCUGUUUAUUAUACCAAUAUCAGGAUUUUAAAAUAUAUCAGAAUCAUGUCAGUCAAAUGUAUUUUCAAAACAUUUCAAUUUUAUUUAAUUUUAACAUUUCAUUUGAGACUAUGAAAUAGUCAUAGGCCGUGUCUGUAUGUGUUUUCAGUCAGUCGGCUUUAUGUGUUGUACAAUCUAAUUUGUCCUAUGUUCUUUUUGAGUAAAAAUAGAUACAGUUUUGAUAUAAAAUGGAUUUAAAUUGGAAUGACCUCAGGUCAUUUUAAAAAUGCAUACAGACUGUUUGUCAAAAGUGCUUUCUUGACACUGAAAUAUCUUUUUAAUCUGUGAAACCUGUAUUAAAAAUAAGAAAUAACCAGGAAAUAAUCUGACUGGAGUUUUGUGGACAAAAAAAAAAAUAUCUAUAAGUUGGUCUUUUAUUGUCCAAAUGUUUGGAUGCAUGCAUAUUCAAAUAUUCAAAGCAACCUAAAAAAUGUAGAGGGUAAAUUUACAACACAUGAAAAAUUAUGUUGCAGAUAUUUAAAAUAUCGUACUUGAAUUAAAAGUAAUGUGCAACUGGU